AAGCCUGAGUCUAGAAGCAGAAUUUAGCCUGACCUCUAUUUCUAUUUAAAUGUCUCUAAAUACACAGUCUGUUUACAAUGGGAAUAGAAUCUGGGGGAGGAAGAAUUAAAAAGAGAAAAAGAAAAGGAAAGGAAAAGAAGAGAAAAGAGAAGAAAAAGAAGAGAAAACUAAAGACACUUUCCUAACAUUUCAUUCCAGACUCUUCCUUCAGGAUGAAACUUCUCUUGAUGGCAGGUGUUCUGAGCACUGCCAUUGCCUUGCCCGUCCCUUUUGGACAUUCUGGAGGAAGUUCCAGUGAGGAGAGAUUUUACUUUUACCCAUCACCAGGGUUGCCAGGCUUUCCAGGGCCACCAGGACCCCCAGGACUACCAGGACUGCCGGCACCGCCAUUUUUCCCUCAGAUCCCAUUCCCCCUGCCUCCACAACAGCCUCCAAUCCUAAUUCCUUUUCCUUUUCCUUAUGAUCCAAAUCAGGGCCUGACGCCUAACGAUUUCAUACAGUUACUUAUUUCUAUUUUAAACCAACUGGGGGGCCUCAUUGGGAUGGUGCUGGACACUUAA